AUGUUGAUACUUAUAGCCUUUCAUAAAAGUCGACUGAUUAUUUUACGACGUAUACUUUUUAUUGGAGCUUCCUUGUAUACGAUGCGUACGAUCUCAAUGAUGUCCACCCAACUUCCGUCUGGAUAUGCUGAUAAUUAUUCAAGAUGUCGACCGAUAGUGGAUAAACCAGCAUUUACUAUUCUUGUACAACGAACAUUACAACAAUUUAUACAACUGGGAUUUCAGGAUUCUAACCAAAAGAUGUUAUGCGGUGAUUUAUUGUUCUCUGGUCAUACGUUAGCGAUGGUACUUAGUUCGUUUACAAUUGCUUAUUAUUUACCAAAAUCUAUGCAACUUUUAAGGUAUAUUCCUACAUUUUUGACUUGGAUUGGUAUGAUUUGUAUGAUUGUUAGUCGAACACAUUAUACCAUUGAUGUAUUAUUCGCUUACUGGCUUACAGCUGGUUUUUUUUGGUAA